AGAACGUCAGGCCGUGGGGGGUCACGUGGUGCUGAUGACAGGCGCUGGGCGGGCGGCAGAGGCAGAGCUGAAGUUGGUUUUCGCGCGAACGCUGAACGCGGUGUGGAGGACGUGAGGCACGGAGGCGGCCGGGUUUUCUACAGGUUGAGGAUCUUCUGGAGUUGUUACUUUCGGCUUAAGGAUGCAACGCAGUAUAAAGUCGUUUUUUCAACCCAAAGCAGAAGCUGUUGCCAAGAAGGAAAAGAAAUCGGAGGAGGUUGAGAUAGAGUCUAAAGAAGGAAAGAAAUCCUGCGACAAAGAUAAAAGCACCGAGCAGCCAUUAAAAGAAAAAAAUGGUAAGUUAUCUACGAAUGGUGCAAAGUCUCCGAUAAAACGUGUGUCAAAGAAAUUGACGCGGGUUCUGACAAGUGACAGUGAAGAUGACGAAUCGAUGGAAGUUGAAGUGUCCGCUACAGAAAAAGAUAGUAAAACCACUGACAAUGCAAAGGUGGUCACAAGUGGAGCAGUUAUUAGUUCUAGUAGCAGCCAUUCCCCAGAUGCCUCCUGUCGUACUGGUUCAGCAGAUGUGCCUCCCUCCAGCAUCCCUAAACGUAAAACAGCUCGUAAGCAGAUGCCAAAAAGGAAACUCGAAAGUGUGCAGGAAACACCUAGUCUGCAGAAAAAAGAGAAUGAUGUCGAAGAAAAACCUGCAAAGCGUCAACUGCAAGAAACGGCUUUAAGUGCAGUCAUGAAGACAGAGGAAAAGGAAGAGGAUGAAAAAGUUGACGAUAAAUCUUCUGAGCAGAUAAAAGAAAAAGUUGCAAGCCCUAAGCCUGUUAAGGUGGAACAAAAUAUAGAAAAUUCAGAAAAAAUGACUGCGGACAAGUCUCCUGCUCCAACCAAGGGACCCAAAAGUCUCGGCAGUUUCUUUGGUACCGGGAAGCAAGAGGUUUCACAGAAGGAGACAGAUUACAAUCCGUCCAAAAGUCGUUACCAUCCCGUGAAGGAUGCCUGCUGGAACGCCGGCCAGAUGGUUCCAUACUUAGCUGUUGCACGUUCUUUUGAGAUGAUAGAAAAUGAGUCUGCUCGCUUAAAGAACAUAGAAACGCUGAGUAAUUUCCUGCGAUCUGUCAUCUGUUUGUCUCCGGGGGAGCUUCUGCCAUGUAUCUAUCUCUGUCUGAACCGCCUGGGUCCUGCCUAUGAAGGUCUUGAGCUUGGCAUUGGAGAAACCAUAUUAAUGAAAGCUGUUGCACAAGCCACAGGUCGACAAUUAGACAAAAUUAAGGCUGAAGCUCAGGAGAAGGGUGACCUAGGACUUGUUGCAGAGAGCAGCCGUGGUAAUCAGCGCACCAUGUUCACACCUCCCAAGCUCACAGUCCCCGGUGUUUUUAACAAGCUGAAAGAGAUAGCCAGGAUGUCUGGUAAUGCUGCUACGAAUAAGAAGAUUGAGAUCAUUAAGGGCUUGUUUGUUGCGUGCAAGCAUUCUGAAGCGCGAUACAUAGCUAGAGCUCUAGGAGGAAAACUUCGAAUAGGACUGGCAGAGCUGUCCGUUCUCUCAGCGAUUGCCCAAGCUGUUACCUUAACACCACCGGAUCAAUCAUCACCAGAUGCGGUAUUAGAUGCUUCAAAGGGUAUGAGUACAGAUGCCAAAAAAGCUUGGAUUGAAGAGAAUGCCUUGAUCUUGAAGCAGACAUACUGUGAAUUACCAAACUAUGAUUUGGUUAUUCCCGCCGUCCUGAAGCAUGGAAUCAAAGAACUUCCUCAACACUGUAAACUCACUCCAGGGGUCCCCUUAAAGCCGAUGUUGGCACACCCCACCAAGGGUGUUGGCGAAGUAUUGAAAAGGUUUGAUGAAGCUGCUUUUACCUGUGAAUAUAAGUACGAUGGAGAGCGCGCCCAGAUACAUAUACUGGAGAAUGGAGAAGUUCAUGUCUACAGCAGGAACCAAGAAAAUAAUACUACAAAAUAUCCUGAUAUAAUUGCCAGGAUCCCGCAGGUGAAGAAGGAUACAGUGAAGUCCUGUAUAUUUGACUCGGAAGCUGUUGCAUGGGACCCUCAGAAAAAGCAAAUCCAGCCGUUCCAAGUUCUAACUACACGGAAAAGAAAGGAUGUUGAAGCUUCUGACAUAAAAGUCCAGGUCUGUGUGUACGCUUUCGACAUGCUUUACCUUAAUGGAGAGUCUUUGGUCAGAGAGCCAUUUUCUAAACGGAGGCAACUCCUUAGAGAAUCCUUUACCGAGCUGGAAGGACAGUUCAUGUUCGCCACAUACAUGGAUACUUCAAACACAGAUGAAAUUUCAGAAUUUCUUGAUCAAUCUAUAAAAGAUUCUUGUGAAGGUUUGAUGGUAAAAACGUUGGACCAGAAUGCAACAUAUGAAAUUGCAAAACGUUCCCAUAAUUGGUUAAAGUUGAAAAAAGACUAUUUGGAAGGUGUAGGAGACACCUUGGAUCUGGUGGUGAUUGGUGGUUACUUUGGAAAGGGAAAGCGAGCGGGCAUAUAUGGAGGAUUUUUACUUGCAUCAUACGAUGAAGAAAGUGAAGAAUAUCAGACCAUAUGCAAGAUUGGAACAGGCUUUACAGAUGAAGACUUAGAAAAUCAUCACAGUUUGCUAAAGGAUCACGUUAUUGACAGUCCGAGAAGUUACUAUCGCUGGGACAGUGCUACAGAGCCAGACCAUUGGUUUGAACCUGUUCAAGUCUGGGAAGUAAAAUGUGCAGAUCUUUCAAUUUCCCCUGUCCAUAAGGCGGCUAUAGGACUGGUGGAAGAUCAAAGGGGAAUCUCCCUGCGUUUCCCUCGUUUUGUUCGUGUUAGAGAUGAUAAAAAACCCGAAGAGGCAACAAACAGUUCUCAGGUCGCAGAACUGUACAAAAAGCAGCAGCAAAUACAAAAUGUUAGUGCGACAGAGAAAGACGACGACGACUUCUAUUAGAGUAGUGUCGAUAAUGUGCACUCGUACGGUGGGGUAGACAAUACGCCGAAAUUGUGCUUAUUUUUUUAAAUAAAGAUUUCUUUAUACAUUCAUUAAAACCAGAUCAUGUAAUGUUUUUCUCUUGGCGGGUUUCCUGUCUGUUACUGAAGUUACUGCGCUGUGACUGGACCAUCCACGAGACGUUCUAUAUACAUGUGUAUAUAAUUUAUGCAUCAUUUUCUUCUAUUUGUACCUCCUACAUUGUAAGCUGUAGGGACGAUACAAAGCAAUGUUGACUGCAGCUAAGAUUCCUGAUUGUGCUCAGUUCCCGCCAGUGGGACACGAACGCAGAUGAGUGCGUCAGUGAAAAUACAACUCUGUAAUGUACAAUUCCUUGACUUGCUGACUUCUACGUAAAAUAAACAAUACA